AUGUGCUAUAAAAUCGUGUGCAGUUUGCUGCUCUGUCUCCUCGGCUUGGCGUGCUCCAGCACCAGCUCCAGCAAUCUGGCCGGCUACGAAGGCUAUACCAAGUACACGGUGCAGCAUGGCGAUGAGAGCGCCUUUCGCUAUAUGGUCGAUCUGCAGACGAACGAUACCGAUGUGGACUUCUGGCUGCUCACCCGGAAUAUGUCCGUGCUGACGGUGGGUCCGCAGCGUAAGCCACAGUUCGAGUCGCGCCUGUCCCAGCUGGGCGUUGAAUAUCAGACUCAGCCGCUGAUGGAUCUGAUGGCAUCGCUGGAAGCAAAUAGCACAUAUGCGGAUGCCGAGGAUUUGGAUGAAUGCCAGCCGGGCGAUUGCGAGUCGGAGCGUCCACGUAAUCGGCAACGUCGUCAGGCACGCGGCUUCUUCUCGCAUUAUCCGCGCUAUCAUGAGAUACUCAACUUCAUGAGCGGAUUGGCGGCGCGUUAUCCACAGUACUGUCGCUACGAAUCGCUGGGUCGCUCCAACGAGGGUCGCCACAUUGCCGGCCUGUCCAUAUCGCUGAACCAGCGUGUUCGUCCGCGCCGUGUCGCCUACAUUCAGGCAGCUGCCCAUGGCAGGGAGUGGAUCACAACGCAGACGGUGCUCUACUUGGCCUACGAGCUGCUCAGCAAUCUGCGCGCCUUCCAGCGGGUACUGAACGAUGUCGAGGUGUUCCUUGUGCCGCUCGUUAAUCCCGAUGGCUAUGAGUACACGCACACAACGGAUCGCUUCUGGCGCAAGAAUCGUCAUCGGUUUGCUGGUCAUUCCUGCAGCGGGGUGGACAUCAAUCGUAACUUUGCCAAUCACUGGAACUAUCAGGGCGCCAGCCAGAAUCUCUGCUCGGAGGUCUAUUCGGGGACGGCGCCAAAUUCGGAGCCGGAAACAUCGGCGGUGGUUCGCUAUCUGGAAUUCAAUCGUCAGCGUGUGAAGCUCAGCCUGGAUGUGCACUCAUUCGGCAAAUUCAUUUUUUAUCCCUACGGCUAUGCGAGAAACACAGUGCCACCCACAGUGGGCACAUUGCGCUCCGUGGCAUCGCGGGCCGCCAGCCAAAUCGGCAAAUAUCGCGGCACCCGGUACACCAUCGGCACCUCCGCCUCCAUACUGUACGAGGCUUCUGGCAGUCUGGAUGACUUUGCCUAUGGCAGCCUGGGCAUACCCUUGUCCUACACGGUUGAGCUACCCGGCGAUGAAUUCCAUGUGCCCUCGUACGAUAUCAUACACGUCUGCAAGGAGACAUUUGCCGGCUUCGUCGAGUUCAUUCGGCACGUUAGUCUCUAUUAAGUAUUUUGCCGUCCUUAGCAUUUAAGCAAUUGAAUUUAUAAUUGUUAAUUUAACUAAUUAGUGUCAUUGUUGUUAGGCAUUAAAGUGAGAA